AUGCUGACAGGAAAUCGCAAGGCAGCCAUUGAAAGGAUACCCACAGAGAUAUGGACAGAAUGCGCCGACCAGCUGUCUUUCAACGAUCAGAAAAAUUUGCUCCUAACCUGUCAAUUUUUCCGGGACGUAUGCCUACGUUUCGUCUUCAAACACAAGUCAUUUUAUCUGCACGUCUGUAAAGACAUGGGAUCGGGCAACUGUUGCGGGCCAUUCGCGAGCCGCGUGGAGAAUGUGGCUUUGGUGGCCGAUAGCAACGCCCUCGCGCCCCACGUCCGCAAGCUGACUCUGCGUUACGACCAAAGUCGUCCUCGUACCUUCUCCCAUCAGCUUAAGCAGUUGUACCCGCUCUUCAUUAAAUCUUGUCUCGAGCUUAUCCCGCGCUUUCCCAACUUACGCUCGGUUUACAUCUCGAGCAACAAGCCCGUGGACAAAGCGUUGAUGCAUGCUCUCGCGCUGUGCCCUCAGCUUGAUGAGCUUGGUAUGGGCCCUGUUCGGUUCGGAGCGCAUUCAUUGUCCAGGGGUGUGCGUCUGUGCGUCCGGAAGCUAGGGAUAUACAACAACUGCAUCGGGUCCGAUACCAAUCCGAGAAAGGCUGCUAAGGUGCUUGACAUGUUUUCGGGCGAGCGGCUGGAAAGGCUCGAGGUCUUGUCGCACAUCUAUGCGCCCAAGAUCGCGCACGCUUUAGCCCGGCAGAGUAAUUGUACUCGUUUGACAUUCCUUCGCGUGAGGAUUUCCCCUGAGGACUUUAAAACUUUCAUCCCAUUCCUGGUUUCCUGUGCAAAUAUCGAGGCAUUGAGCGUGACGUUGCAUGAAAGUCUGACUUGUAGGGACUCGGCAUUUCCCCCUCACUCUUUCCCAAAUUCGCUUCCUCAGCUCCCAACAUCAGCACUAAGAAAGCUGAACUCUAUCACCGGUUCGGGGGAGAUAAUUGCACUGAUAGUUCCCGGAAGACGAGUGCAGAGUGUAACCACCUUGAUCUCUAACCCCAUGCCCCGCUUUAUGAAGCUUGAUCAGGGAGAAUUUGAAGCUCUGGUCCUGCCUCGCCUUGUUGAAAGCAAAGGUCCGGUGAAAAGUUUGGUGCUUGAGGGAAAUGUUUUCGGGAAAAACAUGUUGAACCCUAUUUCACUGCGUAUGCCGAGCCUGACUUCUCUCUGUGUGUGGCUCGGCGAUGAUUCUGGUGUCGACACCGACCCCUUCAAGGAGGCAACAGGAACCCUGGCCAUUGUGCGCGAAUAUCUGGCGCACUGUAAAAACACUCCGGGAAACGAAGCGAAGGUGUUAACACCAUUUGUGCGUCACAAAAAAUAUUUGAUCAUUCUUCAUUUGAUAGCAUUAGGCAAGAUACGACUUCCACGCGACCUAGAACAGCUAGACUUGGUCGACAGGGCUUUUUCUGUUUCCUGGGAGCAACGUUUAUUCCAGUGGGACCAUUGCCACUUGAUGAAAAGCGAAGAAACCCACGGAACAGCUUAUUCAUUAAAUAUGGUCAGCGCCAUCUUCUUCGCGAUAUCUCGUAUCUAUCCGUCCUUCCGCCUGUUGAACUUGUCGGAUCACGCUCCCGGACACGUUUACUUCUACUGGUACAAAACUCGCUCUGAUAAAUGGGACUUAUGCGACUUCAAAUGCGAUGGUUAUUGA